AUGUCACAAUACCCCCCGGCGGAUGACUACAGCGAUGCCAAUCGAGCCUUUUUGCAGGCAAUGCUGUCUUGCAGCUUUCUGACCCUUGAGUCCGCCCGGCCACUUCUCGCUGCCCUUCAGUCGUACAACGAAGGCAAAGAGGUCCUGCCAGAAGAUAUCUCGGCCGAAGAUCUCAAUCGAUAUGUGUCCCAGGCAAACGACAAAGUCUCUCCUCUCGACCUCGAGAUUCGGACCACAUUUCAUCAGAGAACCAGAGAAAAGGUCUAUGCUUUGGUCAACACAACCAGCGAUGCCAUGACUCAGUUAGCCACUUCCUACACCCCCGAUGAAAUUGCCUUUGUCAAAAGAAUGCUAGACGAGAUGUUUGACGGGAGACAUAAUACCACUCGAACCGAGGCUAUGUGCCUCAGCGGAAUCGACGCCAUCAAACUUGGAAGAGCACCCAACAAUCGACGGGAAACUCAGAAUGCGGAUGCAGACAAUGCAAACACCCAGUCUUCCCUUGGCUCGUUGAGUCCCAAGGAGGCAGAGACUCUUCUCGACAAAUUGGUGCAGGAAGAUUGGCUAGAGAAGAGUCGAGCUGGCUUCUACUCCUUGAGUCCCCGUGCACUCUUAGAGCUGAAAGGAUGGUUGAUCGACACAUACAAUGAGGAUGAGGAUGGCGAGAAAAGAGACAAGAUCAAAACCUGCUACGCUUGCAAAGACAUUGUCACCGUGUGUCCGCUCGCCAUAGGGCCAACGCUGCGAAAACCGUGA